AUGCAACGAACAGCAAGAGUUGGACCAAGAAAUAUUCAAUUUAUAGAUAAUAUUCAAAUAAAAGAAAUUCCAACAAAUGAUUAUGAAGUCGAUGAAUCAACUAGACGAUUAUCAUGGGAUCCAAAUUUAAAUAAUAAAGAUGUAUUCAAAACGACAGAAACACAACAACGAAAUAUUAUUAUUGGAUUUGUUGUCGGUGGUCUUGUGCUUGCUUCUAUUAUUAUUGGAACUGUUGUAGGAGUGACAUUGAGUCAAAAAACAACAGUUGCAGCUGAUGAAUCUCUUACAUACAAUGAAGUAUGUAAAAUAGGUUCAAAUCAAUGUAAAUCUUCACAAGGUCUUUAUUGUCCAAAUGGAUUUUGUUCUUGUACAUCACUUUAUUCAUGGAAUACAGCAACUAGCACUUGCACAUUAUUGACAUAUAAUCGUGCCUGUUUGGCAUCAAAUCAAUGUAAUUCAUCAUUAGGACUUAUUUGUACAAAUCAAAUUUGUCAAUGUGAUAGUUAUCAUUCAUGGAGUUCAUCAAAUAAUACAUGUGUAAUUAUUGUAAAUAAUACUUUAACUUAUGGUAAUACAUGUGCUGUUGGAUCGAGUCAAUGUAAUUCAUCAGUUGAACUUACUUGUACUAGUAAUUGUACAUGUAAGAAUUCUAAAAUAUGGAAUAUAUCAAGUUGUGUUUGUCCAGCUGGAACUUUUUUAAAUUCAUCAAAUCUUUGUCUACAACGUGUUAAUUAUUCAGAUUUUUGUUCAUCAGAUAGUGAUUGUAUACCAACAUUAAUAUGUCCAACAGUAGCAGGUGUUUGUAAUUGUUCUCGAUAUUUACCAGAUUAUGUUUGCAAUUGUCCAAAUACAAAAUAUUACGAUUCAAAUAUACAACAAUGUGUUAGUCGAGCUACAUAUAAUGGUGCAUGCAUAGUAUCAGCGAAUUAUACAUGUCUUUUAACACUUUAUUGUAAUGCGGGACUAUGUGCUUGUCCGACGGGUACGAGUUGGAUUGCGGCAAAUUCAACUUGUGAAUAG